AUGAGCGACAUCAAAUUUGUUACAUCGGCCAUCGUCUCUUCGUGGAUAGUCGGCCCUUGGUUCGGUCUCAAUCUCUCGCUGUACUUCAUCUGUGCGCGGCUUCUACUCCGUCGGUGGUCCAUGCAUGGCUGCAGAGUUCUCUUCAUGGCGGCAACGGUUCAGAUUGGCCUUUGCACUGGACAUCUUGUCGCCAUGUUCGCACAACUACUUCAGGGCCUUCCUGUGGACGAACAAGGCGUCGGUAGACUCGAUAAUGCCUACUUCAUCAAUCAAGCCACCCACGCGCAUAUAGCUCAAGAGGUCAUCUACAUUACAAAUAGCCUUGUCGGAGAUGCUAUCAUGAUUUGGCGAGUGUACGUAGUAUGGAGCGGAAAUCGUUUCAUAUUUUGGCCUCUGCUUCUUCUACUGCUUGGCACAGGAAUUUCCGGAUACACCGCCAUGGCUCAUCUCGCCCACCUCGAUCCUUUCAAUGCUGUCUUCGACAUUCAGGUCGCUCAGUGGAUAGAGGCGACGUGGUGUCUGUCCAUUGCCACACAGAUCCUGACGACCCUUCUGAUCGGUUUCAAGCUGAUCGUAGCUGUCCGCGAACAGCGAAAUAUUGGUCUGAUGCAGACCAGUGUAUAUCUGUCAGCUUUCUGGGCCAUAAUCGAGUCUGGCGCGCUGUAUAGUCUGACCACGGUAAUGCUCCUUGCCUUCUACGUGCGAGGAUGGUCCGCAGGAGCGAUCUGCGCCGCGAUUUUGGGCCAACUCAGUGCCACUGCUCCAUACUUAAUCGUGGUGCGAGCAGAGAUGAAUCGACAAAGGCAUAAGAGGCACCAAUCCACACCUCUCCCCAAUUUCAAUGCUUUAACUCAUGGACAUCGAUCGCCUGGCACUUCGCCACAGGCUUCGCAAGCCACGGACUACGAACUCGACAGAAUAAUCUCGCCUGAGAUGCGCUCAAUGGGCGUUUCACAGAAGGAUCUUGAGAUAAUUAUUGAAACGGAUGCGCGAUAA